AUGGCCGCCACCGUCCCAGCUACCUUCAAGGCCUACGAGUACCAGCACUUCGGCGACUUCCUCGAGCAGAUCAAGUUCAACCCAAGCGCCGAGCAGAAGCCCGUGCAGCCCAACGAGGUCAAGAUCAAGGUCUUCAGCGCGUCGCUCAACCCCAUCGACUACAAGAUCGGUCUCUACGCGUCCAUGAUCCUGUCCACCAUGGCGUCGCCCGAGAACCCGUACCGCGUGGGCCACGACCUGGCCGGCAAGGUGGUCGAGGUCGGCAGCGACGUCAAGGACUACGCGGUCGGAGACGAGGUGUACGCCAUGCCGUGGUUCGACGCCACGGGCACCUUCGCCGAGUAUCUGAACGUGGACACGAAGCGCGUGGCGCACAAGCCCAGUAACAUGACGUUCAACGAGGCGGCCGGCGUGCCGCUGGCCGGCCAGACGAGCUGGCAGGCGCUCGUCACGUACGGCAAGCUGCAGAAGGGUCAGCGCGUGCUCGUCCUGGGCGGCAGCAGCGGCACGGGUCUGUUCGCCAUCCAGAUCGCCAAGGCGCUGGGCGCCGAGGUGAUCGCCACGUGCAGCCACCGCAACGUGGAGCUGGUCAAGUCGCUGGGCGCCGACCAGGUCAUCGACUACACGAGCGACAAGUGGAGCGACGUGCUGGCCGAGCACUCGGUCGACUUGGUCUACGACUGCGGCGUCGAGUCCCAGUCGUGGAACGACGCCGCGCAGAAGGUGCUCAAGGAGCAGACCGGCAUCUUCGUGACCAUCGGCGUGAUCGACAAGCCCAUCGAGUCGCCCAUCGGCGCCACGCAGCACCAGAUCUUCAACGCGCCGUGCACCGAGUACCUGCUGGAGCUCAAGAAGCUCAUCGAGGCCGGCCACGUCAAGACGGUGAUCGACUCGGUGCACCCGCUGGAGAACCUGGUGGAGGCCAUGAAGAUCUGUAUGUCGCACCGCGCCAAGGGCAAGAUCAUCAUCGAGGUGGCCAAGGAGUAA